GAACUUAAAAAAAGGUACCAUACAAAAAAUCGUUACAGAGCCAUUGCACAUUUCAGCACAGCACUUCUCUUAAAUCUGCUCAUCUCUUUGGAAAAUGCGAUACAACGAGACAGACUGUUCUACAUCACAUUUUAGAUAUCCACUUUUCACUUCCACCUACAGCAUUGUGCUGCUGUUGGGUUUUCCUCUGAACUCCGUGUCUCUUUGGAUAUUGCUAUGUCGGAAUGGCUUGAAGAAAUCCGUUCCGGUGAUCUACAUGGCCAACCUGGCCUUAUCGGACCUUCUUUUCACGCUCUCCCUGCCCUUUCGGAUCUUCUACUUUGCCACAGGUCGAUGGACGCUGGGAAACUUUCUAUGCAUGAUUCCAGGGACCCUCUUUGCCGUCAACAUCUAUUCAAGCUCCUUGUUCAUUACUCUCAUUAGUGUGGACCGGAUGCUGGCCGUGGUGUAUCCCCUGAGAUCUAGGCCUUUCCGGACGGCACCGGUGGCCUGGACGCUGUGUGUGACCGUGUGGUUGAUCAUUGCGGGAUUGGCAGUGCCAACUGCUUUAAACCACCCCGAAAAUGAGGACAAAAACUGUAGCGUUACGCGUUGUUUUGAAAAAUACACAAGUGAUGAAUGGAAAAAAGGAUUCAUCAUCCUCUGCUGUACCACUUUCUUAGGUAUUUUAGUACCUUUUGGUAUUAUUCUGGGCUGUACGGUGGCAGUCGUGCGGCAGUUGAGAGGCUACAGCAUGACGACUUCCUCGAGCACCACCGAGCUGAGCAAAAGCAAGAUUGUGAAUCUCUUUCUGUCCAACUUGCUCAUCUAUGCCAUUUGUUUUAUCCCCUUUCACAUUGCUUUCAUCCUCUUAGGCGUGAACAAAGUUGGAAUCUGGCAUGAACAAAAAUAUCAAGACUUUUUCUUUAACCUGCAAACUGUUACCAUGUGCAUGGCCAGCACGAACAGCUGUCUGGACCCCUUGAUCUACUACUUCAGCUCAAAGAGAAUACAAGACACCAUCUGCACAUAGAUGAGUGAGAGGAAGUUCUUAUGGAGCCAAACUACAGCUCCCACACUGCAUCACUACCCACACCUCAGCCUCUGCAUCACCCAAGAGAGAUGCCCCUUUGAUCCAAACGACAACUCCCACAAUGCAUCAGUGUCUGACGUGCAUCACAUCCCCCUCUGUGUGGUUUCCUAACUGGAGAUGUUCUGUGUACUAUACAAACGUGAGUCAUGCUUGCACACCCACGUUCACACGCAUUAAUCAGGAUGAAGAUUGGUGUCAGCGUGCCACAUGCACUGGAUUAGAAAGAACGCAGUACAUGCCCAUAUAGAUCUGAAUGCAAUAAUUUCUUUUAGACCAAAGUACUCAAACUCAUAAAAAGAGGAAGAUGCUGCUGUUGUAACCAGCAACAGUUAAUGUGGUUGAUUGUCACAAGAUAACUGGGAGCACAGAAAAUAAAAGAAGAAGAAAAAAAAAAAAAAAAAAAAA